AUGCUUGAUGGCAAGAACAGAAUCAGUGAGUUUAAAAAUCCAACACUCUACAAGGAUGAUGAGAAGUUAAAGGCUCUUGCUGCGAUAAAAGGAGGAGGUUAUGUGCCAGACACAAGAUAUGUCCUUCGUGACAUUGAUCAGGAGGCCAAGGAACAGGCCUUGCUUUAUCACAGUGAGCGUUUGGCAAUUGCGUAUGGUCUCAUUAGUACUCCGCCAAGGCAAACUCUUAGGAUCAUCAAGAACCUCCGCGUCUGCGAUGACUGCCACAAUGCAAUUAAGAUCAUGUCAAAGAUUGUUGGAAGGGAAUUGAUCGUCAGGGACAAACGUUUCCAUCAUUUCAAGGACGGAAAAUGCUCUUGUGGGGAUUAUUGGUGA